AGGUCAUAGCUUGACAUAAACCUUAUUAAAAACAACUGAACUGAUGCGCAGCAACCAGGCUGUGGUAUCCCUUGGAAUCCCUGCACUGGGUCACAGCCACACUCCUGGGGGCCUGUUUCAGGAUCCAACUGGGCUGGCUGGUGAUCAGCUCACACUAGACGGAGUUUGUUGCAGCACCUGAGAUGCUAUAUGGGACUACAAAGCUAGAAAAAACAGUGCUUUCACACAGCACUCUUCGCACAGCCUCCUUUCCUCAUAUGGAUCUCUAUCAAAAACUAAAACAGGAGGAAAGGACUCUCAAAAGGGAAGGUACCUUGUACUGGGUCCACUUGAAAUGGAUGUGUUGCGUGUGCACCAGAAAAUUUCUUUGGCUUUACGCCAAAUAGAGAGUUUCACUGUGACUUUUGACAAUCUUUCAGCAAAGUCUCAAAGUCCAACAAAGUGGUUGUAUGAAAAGUCAUGGGAAGUUGAGCUUCAAGGACAAAGACCACUUUUCAAGCUCAUGUUGCUGAUCCUUUGUGCAUAGCUGCUCUGAAUGUUCAAACUCUACAGAAAAGAUGAAAUUUGAAGAUCUCUUGUUGGAAACGGGUGGAUUUGGGAGAUUCCAGAUUUUAAUUUUGUCUAUCCUCUGCCUCCCAAGAAUCAACCUUCCCAUGCAUUUCUUGCUUCACAAUUUUCUUGCAGCUACCCCCUCUCAUCACUGUGCAAUUCCACACCAAGAAGCAUUUGUGAACCUCACCAUGGAGGAAGUUCUGCUCAUCAGCAUCCCCCAGGAGCCUGACGGCACUUUCAGGUCCUGUGAGAUGUUCUUACAGCCUCAGUUCCACUUGCUGUUCAAUUCUUCUCUGCAACCAGAAAACAACUCCAUUAUCCAGCACUGCAAGCAUGGAUGGGUCUAUGACCACUCGCAGUUCACCUCCACCAUCUCCACACAGUGGGACCUUGUGUGCGAGCGGCGUGGACUUAACCAGGCAACGGCAACUUUCUUCUUCAUUGGCGUCACGAUAGGGGCUGUGAUAUUCGGAUACCUCUCAGACAGGUUUGGACGGAAAGCCAUGCUUCUGCUCUCGCUUCUGUGUUCUGCCGUAUUUGGGACGCUGAGUGCUGCCUCCGUCUCCUACAGCAUGCUGGCCAUCACAAGGACCCUCACCGGGGUGGCUCUGAGCGGUGUCUCUCUUAUUGUAUUGCCUUUGGGGAUGGAGUGGGUGGACACACAGCACCGCACCUUCUCUGGGAUCCUGACUAGCACCUUCUGGAGCAUUGGGAACAUGCUGCUGGCCAUGGUGGCAUACUUGGUGCGAGAAUGGCACUGGUUAUUACUAGCCGUAACAGGACCCUGUCUUCUGAGCUUUGUCUGCCUAUGGUGGGUCCCUGAGUCUGCCCGGUGGCUAAUUGCCAACAGCAAAGUGAAACAAGCUCAUAGGCAUCUGCUUAGAUGUGCAAGAAUGAAUGGAAGGAAAGACUUCACUAUCUCACCCGAGGCCCUCAGAAAGAUGGCAACAGACAAAAAUCCAGGAGAGAGUUACUCCUACAUCAGCUUGUUCAGGACACCAGUUCUGCGGAAGAUCUCUCUGUGUUCUGGGUCUGUCUGGUUUGGUGUUGCCUUCUCUUAUUAUGGCAUGAGCAUGAACCUAACCGGCUUUGGGCUCAACAUGUAUCUCUCCCAGUUUGUCUUUGGCAUCAUUGAGAUUCCAGCUAAGAUGAUGAUGUAUGUGCUGGUGAACAGAGUUGGACGACGGCAGAGUCAGGCGUGGACACUCAUCCUGACCGGACUAUGCAUAGGAGCCAACAUCAUCAUUCCCAAGUCCUUCACCUCCUUGCGCUCUGUAAUAGCCAUUAUGGGCAAAGGUUUAUCAGAAGCUGCAUUCACUGUUGUCUUCUUGUACACCUCUGAGCUCUACCCCACCGUCCUGAGGCAGAAUGGGAUGGGGUACACCUGCUUCAUGGCACGCAUUGGCGGGGCUUUGGCCCCCCUCAUGUUUCUGCUGGAUGAGGUAUGGAGAUCUCUGCCCGAGGUGACGUACUGUGGUGUAGCAGUGUUCUGUGGGUCAGUGGCCUUCCUGCUCCCGGAGACACUCAACAAGUGCCUGCCCGAGGGCAUCGAGGACAUCGAGAAAACACAAGAGAAAGGGCUUCCACAAAUCAGCGAUCCUGAGGGCAUGCCGCUACAGUCUCUGCUGAAGUGAGGGGACUCCGUGGGACAGCCACUGUGUAGGACUGCAAAACUAAGCUGUGCUCUGACCUGCCAAUAAAUGAACCUUUAGUGUUUUCCCAGUAUCUCUCUGCAGGGAAGUAGGGCUGAGGACGCUGGAGGAAGGAGGCAGAUUACAAAACCAGCUGGAAUGAGGUAACCCCAUGUUGUAGCAUGGCCAGGAACAAGAAUGCACAGGUCUAACAGGGUAUGGAAAUAAAGGCACCCUGGGCUAAGCUCUUGCAAUCUUUGACCUUGUUGGACUAGCAGCACCUUUCAGAUCACUACACAGCUUUCCAGAAACUAUAAUCCAUUGGUUUACAUGCCACAAGAAAUGCAAUGCAGAAAUAAAAAAUACCAAGUGUGAAUCACACAAAACCAAAUAAUCUCAAAUAAAUCUAACUGCAUGGUGGAUAAAACAUA